UGGUGCCAGCCCCUAGGAGCUUUGCACCACCCACAGCGCGUUUGCACGCAGCCACCCCAGGAAGGCCCCCGCCGGGCACAUCAAUCAUCAGAUUCCCUCUUACUCCCUUGUCCAAGUUGUGAAGGAGAGGCUGGAACAUGCGGGACUACGACGAGGUGACCUCCUUCCUGGGGGAGUGGGGACCCUUCCAGCGCCUCAUCUUCUUCCUACUCAGCGCCAGCAUCAUUCCCAAUGGCUUCAAUGGUAUGUCAGUAGUGUUCCUGGCAGGGUCACCGGAGCAUCGUUGCCGUGUGCCUGACACAGUGAAUCUGAGCAGCGCGUGGCGCAACCACAGCAUCCCAUUGGAGAUGAAGGACGGACGACAGGUGCCCCAGAGCUGCAGCCGCUACCGCCUGGCCGCCAUCGCCAACUUCUCUGCCCUGGGGCUGGAACCGGGAGUGGACGUGGACCUGGACCAGCUGGAGCAGGAGAGCUGCCUGGAUGGCUGGGAGUACAGCAAGGACGUCUUCCUCUCUACCAUAGUGACCGAGUGGAAUCUGGUGUGUGAGGAUGACUGGAAGACACCCCUCACCACCUCCCUGUUCUUCGUAGGCGUUCUCUGUGGCUCCUUCGUGUCUGGGCAGCUGUCAGACAGGUUUGGCAGGAAGAAAGUCCUCUUUGCGACCAUGGCUGUGCAGACUGGAUUCAGCUUUGUGCAGAUUUUCUCUACCAGCUGGGAGAUGUUCACCGUGUUAUUUGUCAUCGUGGGCAUGGGCCAGAUCUCCAACUAUGUGGUGGCCUUCAUACUAGGAACUGAAAUUCUGAGCAAGUCAGUUCGCAUUAUCUUCUCCACGCUAGGAGUCUGCACGUUUUUUGCAAUCGGCUACAUGGUUCUGCCGCUAUUUGCAUACUUCAUCCGAGAUUGGCGGAUGCUGCUGCUGGCACUGACACUUCCUGGAGUGCUGUGUGUCCCCCUGUGGUGGUUUAUUCCUGAAUCUCCCCGAUGGCUGAUAUCCCAGAGGAGAUUUGAAGAGGCAGAACAGAUCAUCCAGAAAGCUGCAAAGAUGAACAGCAUCGUGGCACCGGCAGUGAUAUUCGAUCCUUUGGAGCUACAGGAGCUAAAUUUGUUGAAGAAGCAGAAAGUCUUUAUUCUGGACCUGUUCAAGACUCGGAACAUUGCCACAAUAACAGUGAUGUCUGUGAUGCUGUGGAUGCUAACCUCUGUGGGUUACUUUGCUCUCUCUCUCAAUGUUCCUAAUUUACAUGGAGAUAUCUACCUGAACUGCUUCCUCUCUGGCCUCAUUGAAGUUCCAGCUUAUUUCACAGCCUGGCUGCUGCUGAGAACCCUGCCUCGGAGAUACAUCAUAGCCGGGGUACUGUUCUGGGGAGGAGGUGUGCUUCUCUUGGUACAAGUGGUACCUGAAGAUUAUAACUUCGUGUCCAUUGCCCUGGUGAUGCUUGGGAAAUUUGGGGUCACCUCUGCCUUCUCCAUGCUGUAUGUCUUCACUGCAGAGCUCUACCCAACCCUGGUCAGGAACAUGGCUGUGGGCAUCACCUCCAUGGCUUCUAGGGUGGGCAGCAUCAUCGCUCCCUACUUUGUUUACCUGGGUGCCUAUAACAGACUCCUGCCCUACAUUGUCAUGGGCAGUCUGACUGUCCUGAUUGGGAUCAUCACGCUUUUUUUCCCUGAAAGUUUUGGAGUGGCUCUACCAGAGAACUUAGAUCAGAUGCAGAAAGUAAGAGGGUUCAGAUGUGGGAAAAAAUCAACAGCCUCUACAGACAGAGAAGAAAACCCCAAGGUUCUAAUCACUGCAUUCUAAUAAGGGUUCCUUGGCACUUAGCCAACUGGAAAUCAGAUGUGUCAGAUGAGCUGGGGGUGAUAGAACACGCCUGUAGUCCCAGCCCUCUAGAGGGGAAACCAGGGGCAUCAGGAAUUCAAGGUCAUCCUUGGCUGCAUCAGGAAUGCAAGACCAGCCUGGACUACAUGCAACCCUGUCUCAACAAAACAAACAAAAUCAAAGCCAUUCCUGCUGAAAGGGACUACUAGAAGCAAUGGGCAUUAAGCUGGACUUGUGGAGAAAUACAUGUUGUCAUCUAAACUCUGGGCCACUCUCCCAGAUAAUCUUCUUGUUUUUAAGAACAAACAUUACUAAACUGUCUGGACAACUAACUAGUCAAAGAAAUAAGUUUGUAAGAUUUUUAUUGAAAAUGUGUUAGUCGGGGAUGGCAAAAUCCAUAUGAAGAUUAACACAUGUUUCCAAAUUGCUACCCAAAUAAAACUGAUUGUAUUAUCACAA